AUGGAAUUACAAUCGUACUUGACUGACGAGUUGGUCUCGAAACGACAACGGCUAAUAGUCCAAAAAUUACAUAAAAUCUGUGAGUUUGGAUUACCAGAUAGUUGUAGCAUAUUUCCUUUUCUUGGUGAAGUUAGAUCUGCUUGUGAAUUUUUUGACCCUUUUGAUCUACAUAUUUCACAAACGGUGUCUUCACUUCAAUAA